CUCAUCAACACCAACACAGGAACCCCAUGACUUAAUUCCUUUCCUGCUUCGUUUCCAGUAUUUAUCAUCUAUCUCAAUCCUUCCCAAACAUUUGUGGGCGUGGUUCUUCUUGGUAAAAUGGAAGAAGUGGAGCUCAGUGACCAGAAUUCGCAUCCAAAAACGGAGCAACCAUCGAGUUCGGCCAAAAGCAGACCUGUUUCAUUCCUCGGCCUAUUUGCAGCUGCUGAUAAAUUAGAUUACGCCUUGAUGUUUUUUGGAAGUUUAGGGGCGUGCAUACAUGGGGCUGCUCUGCCGGUGUUCUUCAUUUUGUUUGGUCGCAUGAUUGAUUCUUUAGGACAUCUGUCUUCCAAUCCUCAAAAAUUGUCCGCUCGGGUUUCUGAGCAUGCUCUGUACUUGGUCUACCUUGGUCUUGUUGUUUUCGCAUCAGCAUGGAUAGGUGUUGCAUUCUGGAUGCAAACUGGGGAAAGACAGACGGCUCGUUUGCGUCUGAAAUACCUUCAGUCAGUUUUAAGAAAAGAUAUAAGCUUCUUUGACACUAAAGCCAGAGAUUCUAACAUUAUUUUUCAUAUUUCAAGUGAUGCAAUUCUUGUCCAAGAUGCAAUAGGUGACAAGACAGGCCACGCGAUCCGUUACCUUUCUCAAUUUGUUGUUGGGUUUGCCAUUGGAUUUACAUCUGUAUGGCAGCUUACACUACUUACCUUGGCUGUAGUUCCGCUGAUAGCUAUUGCAGGCGGCGCUUAUACCAUUAUCAUGUCUACUCUAUCAGAAAAAGGUGAGGCUGCUUAUGCUGAAGCUGGGAAGGUCGCAGAAGAGGUUAUUUCACAGAUUCGCACAGUAUACGCAUAUGUAGGGGAAGAAGGGGCAGUAAAGGCAUACUCUGAUUCACUUAAAAAUGCUCUUAAAAUGGGGAAGAAAAGUGGACUUGCAAAGGGGGUGGGAGUUGGAUUUACGUAUGGGCUACUGUUCUGCGCCUGGGCCUUGCUUCUUUGGUAUGCCGGCAUACUUGUCAGACACGGUAAAACAAAUGGAGGGAAAGCGUUUACAACGAUUAUCAAUGUCAUCUUUAGUGGAUUUGCUUUAGGUCAAGCAGCGCCAAACCUUGCUGCCAUUGCUAAAGGCCGGGCAGCUGCUGCCAAUAUCUUCAGCAUGAUCGAAACAGACUCAAAGCCUUCAAGGCAGUCAGAAGGUGAAACCAUCUUGCCAGAAGUUGCCGGAAAAAUUGAGUUUUGUGAGGUCUGUUUUGCUUAUCCCUCGCGGCCCAAUAUGGUGUUUGAGGAUUUGAGCUUCUCCAUAGAUGCUGGGAAGACGUUUGCAUUUGUAGGUCACAGUGGUUCAGGAAAAAGCACCAUUAUAUCCAUGGUUCAACGUUUCUAUGACCCCAUUUCAGGUAAAAUACUAUUGGAUGGACAUGAUAUUAAGAAUCUCCAGUUAAAAUGGUUGAGAGAACAAAUGGGAUUGGUUAGUCAAGAACCAGCUCUGUUUGACACAACGUUAGCUGGCAAUAUACUACUUGGUAAAGAAGAUGCAGAUAUGGAGCAGGUUAUAGUAGCCGCCAAAGCUGCUAAUGCACAUUCUUUCAUCGAGGAACUACCUGAUAGUUAUAACACACAGGUCGGAGAGGGAGGAACUCAGCUUUCUGGAGGGCAAAAACAAAGAAUUGCCAUUGCAAGAGCCAUGCUGAGAAACCCAAAGAUAUUGCUUCUAGAUGAGGCCACCAGCGCUCUUGAUGCAGAAUCAGAGCUCAUAGUUCAGCAGGCACUAGAUAAGAUAGUGUCAAAUCGAACUACAAUUAUCGUGGCGCAUCGAUUAUCAACUGUCCGAGAUGUUGACACCAUCAUUGUUUUGAAGAAUGGCCAGGUUGUCGAGAGUGGGAACCACAUGGAUUUGAUAUCUAAGAAUGGAGAAUACGCAAAUCUAGUGAGCUUGCAGGUAUCAGAAAACAUUGCAAAUUCAAGCUCUAUAUGUUCUUCUGAUGCUUCUGGAAGUUCUAGCUUCCGACAACCUCCCAACAGUCAAAAUCCUGGACUGGAUUCACGGUCAAUUUCAAUAAAAGAAUUGGGGCAAAGUGAUCAAAAUUCAUCUCAGCAAAACUUUGCUCCUACUCCAUCAAUAGGGGAACUACUAAAACUUAAUGCACCAGAAUGGCCCUAUGCACUGCUUGGCUCGCUAGGUGCAAUUCUGGCGGGCAUGGAAGCUCCACUAUUUGCCUUUGGAAUCACGCAUGUCUUGACUGCAUUCUACUCUCCUCAUGAUAUCCAAAUUAAGAAAGAGGUUGAAAGGGUGGCUCUUAUAUUUGUUGGUCUGGCUAUUCUCACCAUUCCAAUAUAUCUGCUGCAACACUAUUUUUACACCUUAAUGGGAGAGCACCUGACAGCUCGUGUGCGUUUAUCAAUGUUCUCAGCUAUCCUUUCCAAUGAGAUUGGCUGGUUUGACAUGAAUGAGAACAAUACUGGUUCAUUAACAGGGGCUUUAGCUGCAGAUGCAACCCUUGUACGAAGUGCUCUAGCUGAUCGGCUAUCCACAAUUGUCCAGAAUGUAGCACUUACUGUGACAGCAUUUGUGAUUGCGUUCACUUUAAGCUGGCGCAUAGCGUCUGUUAUCAUUGCCUCUUUUCCCUUACUCAUAGGUGCUUCCAUAACUGAGCAACUAUUUCUUAAGGGAUUUGGAGGGAAUUACAGCCAUGCCUACUCCAGAGCAACUGCUGUGGCACGCGAAGCAAUUGUCAACAUUCGUACUGUUGCUUCAUUUGGGGUUGAAGACCGGAUCUCAAUCCAGUUUGCCUCUGAACUAAACGAACCAAAUGAGCAAGCAUUUCUGCGAGGCCAUAUUUCAGGUGUUGGAUAUGGCGUAUCACAGCUAUUUGCCUUCUGUUCCUAUGCCCUAGGCCUUUGGUAUGCAUCAGUGCUAAUCAAGCAGAAAGAAUCCAACUUUGGAGACAUCAUGAAGUCUUUUAUGGUUUUGAUAAUCACUGCAUUGGCAGUAGCAGAAACACUUGCUCUCACACCAGACAUUGUGAAGGGGUCACAAACACUUGGGUCUGUUUUUGGAAUUCUUUACAGGAAAACAUCAAUAGAACCGAACGAUUCCACAUCAACCAUCGUAUCUGAGAUCGGAGGAGAUAUAGAGUUCAGAAAUGUAAGUUUCAAGUACCCAAUGAGACCUGAUGUCACCAUUUUUGAGGACCUAAACCUGAAAACUUCAGCUGGAAAGAGUCUAGCCGUAGUUGGACAAAGUGGGUCAGGGAAAAGCACUGUGAUCGCACUAAUUAUGCGAUUUUAUGAUCCCAUUUCCGGGGGAGUCAUGGUUGAUGGUUAUGAUAUUAAGACAUUAAACUUGAGAUCACUGAGGCUGAAAAUGAGUUUAGUUCAGCAGGAGCCAGCAUUGUUCUCAACCACAAUAUACGAAAACAUCAAGUAUGGGAAAGAGGAAGCAUCAGAGAUUGAGAUAUUGAGAGCAGCAAGAGCAGCCAAUGCUCAUCGAUUCAUCAGCAGAAUGCCUGAGGGAUACCAAACUAACGUGGGUGACAGGGGGGUACAGUUAUCAGGGGGCCAAAAGCAGAGGGUGGCAAUCGCUAGAGCAAUCCUGAAAAACCCUUCCAUUCUUCUUCUCGAUGAAGCUACAAGUGCAUUGGACACAGAAUCUGAGAAACUAGUCCAAGAGGCUCUGGAUAAUCUCAUGGAAGGCCGUACCACAGUUAUGGUCGCUCACAGGCUAUCAACUAUUCGCAAUGCAGACGCCAUUGCGGUGCUGCAACAAGGAAAGGUAGUUGAAAUUGGCAGCCACGAGCAGCUGGCGAGGAAACCUGGCGGUGUCUAUAAACAAUUAGUCAGUCUACAGCAGUAGAGGAGCACCCAUCACCCCUGAGCACAAACCUGAUAUGCAGCUGCUUGAAAACGAAACUUAGCAUUAAAAUUUUCCCUUGCUUGUCCACAUUCCGCAAGCAUCCGAAGCAUACAGUAGUUUCUAUAGAAUUUUAUACAUGAAUAUGUUGUAAUCCAAGGAAAAUACAAUCAAUUAUUAGUGUUGUUAAGACUGCAAAUUGCUGAAAAUGAUCCUAUGAUCUCUUCUUAAUAUGAUUUGUUCCCAAAUUUCAGUAA